AUGGCCGUUCUUAAAGAUGUCUGGACAAACUCAUCAGCGCAAUCUUUCAGCUUCAAAACAUUCUUAUUCGCCUUCCAAACAGCUCUGUCUUUAGUCAAGAUGCAGUUCUCCGCCCUCCUCGCCACCAUCGCCGGCCUCGCCGUCGGCGUCAGCUCCGCAGCUUUCGACGUUCGCGGCGAAGACGUCGGCUGCGUCGGCGCCUGCGGUCACGACUACGCCUGCAUCUCCCAGUGCUUCGACAAGCGCGGCCUGGAAACCCGCCAGUCCGCUGCGCAGCAGUGCGUCUUUGGAUGCGCCAAAGACGAUUACGGAUGUUACGCCAACUGCUUCAACAAGCGUGACGAGAGGACCGCCUGUGUUGGAGCUUGCGGCCAUGAUUAUGCCUGCAUCGGCAGAUGCUUGGGAUAG